UCCCCGCUGCUCCGGGGCUGUCCCACCGCUGCUCUGGGGCUGGAGCGCGGCCAGGAAAGGGAAUGGACAUGGGACAGGGCUGGGGAAUUCCUGAGGGAGCUGGGAAGGCGCUCAGCCUGGAGAAAAGGAGGAGCAGGAGGGGUUUGUGGCUCUGCACGAGUCCCUGACAGGAAUCAGGGGUUUGGGAUCUGCUCCAGAACAGGGACAGGAGCAGAGGGAACGGCUGUAGAGUCUGUGUGAGGCUGUGGCGGCGGGCUGGACGGACGGACACACGGAGAGAUCUCCAUAGGGCUCACCAUGGAUUUCCUGACGCUCUUCCUGAUCUACCUGGGCCUUGUGCUGGCUGUCACUGCCCUGCUCUGCCUCUGCUCGGGAAGGAAGGAGAAUUUCCUCACAAGGAGCAUCAACAGGGCAAGCCAGGUGGUGUCGCUGGUGAUCCCCAGCCAGCUCCAGAGGGUGACACACCAGGCACUGCACAGGCUCUUCCACACGAGGAGCUGUUUGUUUAUGGUCCUGCACGUAGCCCUGCAGGCUGCAGUGUUUGGGGAGUACACCUGGGAGGUGUUUGUGUACUGCUGGGAGCUGCAGUUCCACCUCCUGCUGCUGCUCCUGCCCUACCUGCUGCUGGCUGGGAACCUGGGCUGCUUCCUGCUCUGCUCCCGGGCCAAUCCUGGUACAGUGACAAAAUCCAACGCUGCAGCCCUGGUUCAGGUUUAUGCCUAUGAUGGGGUGCUGUUUCAGAGAGGCCUCGUGUGCCCCACGUGCACUGUGGAGAAGCCAGCCAGGUCCAAGCACUGCAGUGUGUGCAGGACGUGCGUGCAUCGCUUUGACCAUCACUGUGUGUGGGUCAACAACUGCAUCGGGGCCUCCAACGCUGGCGUGUUCCUGCUCUACCUGCUGUCCCUGACAGCCACAGCUGGGGCCCUGGCUGCUGUCACUGCUGCAUUCCUCAUCCACGUGCUGCUGCUCUCUGACAUCAUGCACAGCACCUACCUGGAUGCCCAGGGACAGGAGCACCCCGUGGAGAUUCCCUUUGUCAUCCAGCACCUUUUCUUGACUUUCCCUAGGAUUGUCUUCAUGCUGGGCUUUGUCAUCCUGCUCACCCUGGUGCUGGGGGGAUAUUGCUCCUUCAGUCUGUACCUGGCGCUCACCAACCAAACCACCAAUGAAUGGUGCAAGUCCCGAAGGUCUGGGGGCUCCCCCCAUCUCCCCUCACAGCCUCAGGACAGACCCCUGGUCUACAAAAACAUUUAUUCUAAAGGGAUCUGGAGGAAUUUAAAGGAAAUCUUUAACCCUCCUGCAGUGUUGGAAAGGAAGAAGAAAACAUGAAGAUGUGAUUGUUUCUCUGGGCAUUUUUGAAUGUUUUCUAAGACUUUAGUUCAGCAGUGGGCUUGGCUGCCCCAGACAGAUUUUGGAACACAAUUACUGCAGAAUUCACAUUUGGUGUCUCAGCAGAGAUUCACUGGAGCCCCUCCCUCUGUGAGACUCAGGGCCAGCUCAGUCCUGGGCCAUCUUCCCAAAUUGAAUCUUUCUGGGAAGGGCUGACACACAGCUCCUGUGAAUUUUGAGGGAGCAGCAUCUUUUUGUGAGUUAUCUUUCUUUGGGGAACAAUUAACCCAUGACUGUUAAUAAUGACUACAACAGGUUGUGUAUAUUCAGCUGAGAAAAUGAUUUCUGGCAGGAUCUUACAUGUCCUACUGAAGCUUUGGAGCAUUAACUUCAGGAAAGAAAUUAAAAGUAUCCCUGUUCUCCUCUCCUUCCAGAAAUUCUUCAGUUUGGGUAUAAUAGAAGAAGAAAUUGGAAAAAAAAUAUAGUAAGAACUUUAAAUAA